UUCGACGCGCGCUUGACUAGACCUGUAAACUGAUGGACGCAAACGGCUAUUUUCAGCUAGUUCGGAUGUUCUACCUCCGGCCGUCGGUCGCGGUAAAGCAGUGACGUCGCAGUUACCGGUGUUGUUGGUGGAAAUGAUCUCCUCAACAGUCUGACGACCUUGAAGGGGAAACGAACGCGGUCGGCCAGCCGGGGGCUGCGGAUGGAGAAUGGAGACCUGGGUCACAUGGUACUCCAGAAGUCAACUAGCCACGUUCAAGAGCACAAAUUGGUUCUCGGGUAUCUUGACUGCUGUUCCUGCUCUCUCCAGAUGGGGGAGACGGUGACGCUGAAUGUGGGCGGCAGUGUGUACAGCACGACUCUGUCCACGCUGCAGCGCUACCCCGAGUCCAUGCUGGGCGCCAUGUUCGGAGGCGACCUCCCCACCGUCAGGGACGCGCGCGGGAACUACUUCAUCGACCGCGACGGCCCGCUGUUCCGCUACAUCCUCAACUUCCUGCGUACGUCUGAGCUGACGUUGCCGUGCGACUUCAAGGAGGCCGAGCUGCUCAGGAAGGAGGCCGACUUCUAUCAGAUUGAGCCCCUGAUUCAGUGUCUAGGAGACCCCAAACCCCUGCUGCCCUACCCCACUGACACCUAUGAGGAGGUGGUGGAGCUGUCCAGCACCAGGAAGCUGUCCAAGUACUCCAACCCCGUCGCAGUCAUCAUCACCCAGCUCACCAUCACCACCAAGGUUCAUGCAAUGUUGGAGUCCAUCUCCAGCAGUUUCACAAAGUGGAACAAACACAUGAUGGACUCCAGAGACUACCAGGUGUCCUUCACCUUUGGGCCAUGUGACCACCAACAGGAAAUCAGCCUGCGUGUCCACCUGCUGGACUUCAUCUCCAAAGCUGGUUUCACAAUACGCAACACGCGUGUUCACCACAUGAGCGAACGGGCCAAUGAGAACACGGUGGAACAUCACUGGACGUUCUGCCGACGAGCUCGCAGAGUGAACGGGUGAACCGACGGUCGCGCUCACCGACAGAAGAUGUCGUCGCCGUGACGACAGACAGACUUGUUAGUGGCGGCUUUGUUGUUGUGACUAUCACAUAAAGCUACAAUGUUCCGGUAAACGUAUUUACGGUAGCUACAUACUGUAUAUAUCCGACAUAUCCGGCAGUAUCACCGAUCUGUUGUACAUCAAUGACUAGGAAAUAAUAUUAUUUGCAAAUAAAACAAUCUGGAAAAAUGAU